CUCAAGUGUCCCCAUCAACAAUACGCAAUAACAUGCAACAAAUAGUGGAAGACAGACAAACUACAAGUGGAACAGCACAAGAAAAAACACCCACAAAUAAAAUGGCAGCCAGCAAGAAUGGCAUAGGCCCACUCAUCAUGGAGGAAAAAGCAAAA